UUGGCGGCGGUGGGGUCGUCGGGGGGGCCAUGAGGGUCCCGGCCGUCCGCCUCUCCCUCUCCCUGUCCCUCCUGGCAGCGCUGCUCCUGUGCCCGGUGCCCUGCGGCCCGGGCCGCCUCGCCCUCCGCCGCCGCCGCCGCCCCGACGACCGAGGCCCCCUCAGCCGGGGCCCGGUCUGCUCAGAUUUCCCCUAUACCUACUGGUUCCCGUUCUUCUGCCGGCUUGCCCUUUCCCGCUGUUUCAGCCAUUUCUACUAUGCCAAGGGGGUCCUGUGCGCCCAGCGGCCUCUGUCAUCCCUGCCCCCCAGGCGCCAUCUCAGGAUCGUCCCCCGAGCCCUGGACCCCUCCCUGACCCCUCCCACCCCGCCGCAUGGCAUAGCUCAGGGCCUGCGGUACCCCAGCCCCUCCCUCUCUCCGAGCUGGGCAGAGGGACUGUCCAUCAGCAUAAAGGAACUGCUGCAGUCUUCCCUCUCCCUGGAGGGGCCGGACCUCUCCCGGGACAACGACAUCUCCCCGGCCCCUCUGGAGAAGGCCCCGUCCAGUCCUAAGGCUGGGGUUCAGGCCCUGCCCCUGCCCAGCCCCGAGGCCGGGGCGAAGGCCCCGUCCGGCCCCGGGACUGGGGCGCAGGCCUGGGCUGGGGGUCAGACCCUGCCCAGCUCCGGGGCCGGGGCUAAGUCCCUGGUCCGCCACGCCACCCCCGGCGUGAUAGACAGCGUCCGCCAGCUCAUCGGCUCAGAGCAGGACCUGGAACACCACCUCCACAACCACAGCCACGGCCCAAACCACACCCACGGCCUACACCACGGCCACGGCCACGGCCACGGUGGCGGUGGCGGGAGUGAAGUCGGCAGCGAAGGCAGCCAAGUGUCCGGGAGCCUCCAGUCCCUGCCCCACGAUGCUGCCCUGCUGGUGCUCUGCUUCGCCCUGCUGAGAGACAGCUGCACCCGCUCCCCGGCAGCCUGGGCCUGGCAACGCAUUGAGAACGAGACCCUCGGUUACGGGGAUACGGUGUGCGACAGUCACGGGAGACGACACCUGUCCUCCUGCCCGCUCUGCGCCUUCUGCUCCCUGAAGCUGGAGCAGUGCCAGGAAGCGUCCACCCUGAAGCGGGAGCCGUGCGGCCCCUCCCACCAAACCCCCUUCUCCAGCCCCUUCCUCACCGCCCAGAACCAGAACAGCAAGAUGGGGCCAGUGUCCGAGGGCCUCUACUACGGCCUGGAGGUGUUCGGGGGGCUGCGGAUGGCCUUCUGGUGUGGUCGGCUGGCCGUGCAGGGCUGCGAGGAAACCAGGGUCGCGGGCUGGCUGCAGGCCGAGUUCCUCUCCUUCCAGAGAGGAGACUUUCCCACCAAGAUCUGCGAUUCCAACAAGGUGCAGUAUCCCAACUACUGCGCCUUUAAGAGCCGCCAGUGUCUCCUCUACAGCCGGGACAGUCAGAAGGUCUUCCGGCAGAGCUGCCGGCGGAACGAGUCCUACUCGCAGUUGAGCGAGGCCAGCGCGGAGGAGGCGGUGCUGAGCUGGAGCCGGGAGUUUGGACGCUUAACGCAGGGCUAGGGGGGCGGGAGGCCGGGCGAGCGGCCCUGGGGCUGACCCCUUCCCCCAGGGCCGGCGGAUAAAGCAAUUCUAACCGA